UUUUGCAUUAUUCCAAAAUAAUCUCCGCCAUCGCUCCAAAAAUCCAAAUUUUGAUUCGGUUUUUCGUCGUUUUUUUUUCGAAAUUAUCCCCUAAUUCUGUUUAUAAUUGCUUCUAGGGUUUCAUUGCUUUCUCUCUCCUGUUAUUUGUGAAGUAUAAGCAAAGCAUUUCAGUCUAUUUUUUUUUUGUUGCAAUUUGGUUCGAAUUCUUCAAUUUCGCCGGAAUUCAGCACCUGCAAAUUGUAAGCUUUUGAAUUCUGCACAGAACGGUCUUUCACAAUGGCUCUAUGAUGUAAAAAUAUUUCUGAUUUUCUCAUUACCAUGGUAAAAUCUUCCUGAUUAAGUGGUUUAAAAUGGAGAUAUCUGCUCUGUUGACCUCGGCCGGGAUCAAUAUAGGCAUUUGUUGUGUGCUUUUUUCAUUAUAUUCCAUAUUGAGAAAACAGCCAAGCAAUAGAAAUGUGUACUUUGGACGUAAAUUGGCACAGAUGCGAUCAAAGCGAAGUGAUCCUCAUUGGUUUGAGAGAUUUGUGCCUUCUCCUAGUUGGAUUGUAAAGGCCUGGGAGACAUCUGAAGAUGUAAUAUUGGCUGCUGGGGGAUUGGAUGCUGUUGUAUUUAUGAGAAUGCUUGUAUUCAGUAUUAGAAUUUUCUCAAUUGCAGCUAUUGUGUGCACUGCUAUUGUGCUUCCCUUAAAUUAUUAUGGUCAAGAAAUGCAGCACAAGUUCAUCCCUUCUGAGUCGCUGGAAGUGUUUACCACUCAGAAUGUUAAAGAAGGUUCUAGAUGGCUUUGGGCUCAUUGUCUUGCACUUUAUAUCAUUUCGUGCUCUGCGUGCAUUCUUCUCUACUUUGAGAAUAAAAGUAUUAUUAAGAGGCGCCUUGCAUACAUUAAGGGAUCUUCUCAAGAUUUAAGUCAAUUUGCUGUACUUGUUCGCGGGAUACCUUGGUCUGCAGAAGAGUCAUAUAGUGCUUCAUUGAAGAAUUAUUUUACGAAGCAUUAUCCAUCUUCUUAUCUUUCACACCAGAUGGUAUAUCAUUGUGGAAAAAUUGAGAAGCUGAUGAAAAAUGUCAGGGAGAUGUACGAUGUUCUCUAUCAUGAUAGCAUUCCUUCCUGUCACUCAUGUGGUCUUCCAGGUGGAGGGCGUCCUAAUGUAUUCAACAUUCUUGUUAAUGAACCAGAAGUCAUUGAAAAAGGGAAGCUUGAUUUGCAAGACUUGCGUGAUAGAGGAAAGCCAAUGCUGGACUAUGAAGAGCUAUUUUCACUGGGAAUUUUGUCCAAGGAGUGUCCAUCUGCUUUUGUAUUCUUUAAAACCCGCUAUGCAGCUGCUUGUGCUGCACAGGCUCUUCAGUCAUCGAAUCCUAUGUUGUGGGUCACGAAUCUGGCCCCAGAGCCACGUGAUGUAUAUUGGCCAAACCUAGCUAUUCCAUAUAGGCAAUUCUGGUUGCGAAGGACAGCAACUCUUCUGGCUACUGCGGCUUUUCUGGUCUUUUUUAUCGCUCCAGUUACUCUUGUACAAAGUUUGGCUAAUUUAACGCAGCUCCAGCAGGCGUUUCCCUUUUUGAAAGGACUGCUAAAGAAGCCGUAUGUAAGCCAGCUGGUUACAGGGUACCUACCCAGUGUCAUACUGGUGUUGUUUUUUUACACCGUCCCACCAUUGAUGAUACUCUUUUCAACAAUUGAGGGGUCAAUUUCUCGUAGUGGGAGGAAAAGGGGUGCAUGCUGCAAAGUCUUGUUUUUCACCAUCUGGAAUGUUUUCUUUGUUAACAUUGCAUCUGGAACUGUGCUCAACAAAUUGAAUGUCUUUUCCCAACCAAAAGACAUUCCUCUACAACUAGCAGCUGGAGCAGUGCCUGCAGCGGUCAAGUUCUUUAUGACUUAUGUCUUGACAUCAGGUUGGACCAGUUUGGCAUGCGAAGUUGUGCAACUCUGGCCUCUUCUCUGUAACUUCAUCUAUAAGUUCAUCCUCAGAAAGGAUCAUGGCCCAUUUGAUGGAGAGUACACCUUUCCGUAUCAUUCUGAAGUACCUAGAGUCCUUUUAUUUGGACUUCUUGGUUUAAAUUUUGCAAUCUUGGCUCCUUUGAUGCUGCCAUUAUUGCUGAUUUAUUUCUGUCUUGCUUACCUCGUGUACAAAAAUCAGAUUCUCAAUGUUUAUAUCACGGAUUAUGACAGUGGUGGUAAAUAUUGGCCAAUUGUCCAGACCUCAACAAUAUUCUCUUUGGUGAUGGCACAAAUCAUAGCUAUGGGAGUCUUUGUGUUGAAGAAGUCGACAGUAUGCUUAGGAUUCACUAUUCCAUUGGCUAUAUGUACACUCUUAUUCAAUGAAUAUUGUAGGCGGAGAUUUCUCCCUGUGUUCAAAAACAUUGCUUCUGAGGUUCUUAUUGAUUUGGAUCAGCAAGAUGAGGAAAAUGGGAGGAUGGAGGCUAUAUAUCAACGGCUUCAAUCUGCCUAUUGUCAAUUGGAAUGGCUUGCAUAUGGUGGUUCCAGACCAAAAACAAAGUACUUGUGUAACGAUGAAGACAUUAGGCACACUCAAGAACUUAAGCCAGAAAUUGAAUUUAGUCGAGAAAUUACAUCAGAUGAAUCUGUAGAUAGACCAAGGCCUACAAAUCACAAGACGGAAGUCGAAUCCAGUCCAAUUAGAUAGUACAUCAUUAGGCUAUAUUGAUUAUUUGAUUGCUUUUAUAUUCUUCUUCCAUUUUUGAUCUUCUGGAAGUGUAUAGUGGUAUAGACGUAUAGUGGUCAUAUCUGCUUGAAUCAAGGCUUGUAAGAGCAAGUUGAUUCACAAUAUAUUUGUAUAGACUUUGUAUAGGAUUUGAGGCAAUACUUUUGUUCUCUGCUUCUUUUGUUCAAUUAUACAAACAAAACUGUGCAUUCCUCCACAUUACUAGGUUGCAAUUUUCUUUUCUGGUUUAUAGAGAUCCUUAUAUGUUAUAUACAAAGAAAAAAGGAAAACAGAAAAAGAGUUUACAGAUUAUAAUUUACUUUUGCAAUUUGGUGGCU